CUUAUUAUUUCAUCUUUCACAGAUACAUACAAAAUGAAGCUAAUUAGAUUGUUUGUUCCUGAAAACAUUGACACAUACCUUAUCCACAUGGCAAUUGGGAUUCUGGGAAAUGAUUUGAACAACAGACUGUUAUGUCAACCUUCUUGUGAUUCCAACAAAAAGAGAUGUUUCCCCAACUCUGAAGAGAGCUGUUCAAGUUCUAAGAGAAGCAAGGAAGAAGUAUGCACUGAUACCAAGGUUGCUGGGACAUGUCCUGGUGCUAUUUCAUCAAAAGAAGAGAUUGACAGAAAUUCACCAAGACUCACUUCUGGGAAUCAGCCAUCCAGUGAUCCAGAAAUAGACGAUUUAUUUACGGAUUCUCAUUCACAGAUUUCAUCUGAAACCUUAAAUACAAAAUUACCUGAAUGGCGUGCCAGAGGAAAUUAUGCCAGCAAGAAAUCAGUAACCAAAACAAAAAAGGGGGGUCUUUUUAGUUAAUCUGGCAUUCGUCAGAGGAAUUCUGUAUGUCUUGUUUUGUUUAUAAGAUGGGAGUUUCAUUUCUGAAGGAAAUAAUAUUUCAAUUAAAAAAUUACUCUAUUCUCAAAGUAAAAUUCAAGGACUGACAUCGUAAAACAGCAUUGUACUGUUUAUUGAAGGACUGACAUCGUAAAACAGCGUUGUACAAUUCACAUAAAGCAUGUAAGUCUUCAAGAACCUGAGUGAGUGUAUCACAGAAUAGAGUAUUAAAUUAAUUUCAUACAAGAUUGCUUUAUGAAACUGUGUAACUGCCC